UACAAGCAAAGAAACCUUGCCAGGAUCUGCGAUUUUGUUGUCUUGAGCAACACGUUGUUUCAGGGUCGGGAGGAAUUUGUCUUAAUAUUCCUAAAUCCUCAAAUACUUUACCACUUGGGAAGCAUUCAAGUAUAGGCCUACCCAUUUGUUGUUUUUACCUUAACACAUAAAGAUGGAGAUGUCGGAUAUUCCCUUCCCCAUCCCGUCAGCUGAUGAUUUCUACGACGACCCUUGCUUCAACACAACCGACAUGCACUUCUUUGAAGACCUGGACCCCAGGCUCGUCCACGUGAGCCUGCUCAAGCCCGACGAGCAUCACCACAUGGAGGACGAGCACGUGAGGGCGCCCAGCGGGCAUCAUCAGGCCGGCAGGUGCCUGCUGUGGGCAUGCAAAGCCUGCAAGAGAAAAACCACCAACGCUGACCGCCGCAAAGCCGCCACCAUGAGGGAGAGGAGAAGACUGAGCAAAGUCAACGACGCUUUCGAGACCCUCAAGAGAUGCACGUCCACCAACCCCAACCAGAGGCUGCCCAAAGUGGAGAUUCUGAGAAACGCCAUUAGUUACAUUGAGUCUCUGCAGGCGCUGCUCAGGGGUCAAGAGGAGAACUACUAUCCCGUUCUGGAACAUUACAGUGGGGACUCCGAUGCCUCCAGCCCGAGAUCCAACUGCUCUGAUGGCAUGAUGGAUUUCACGGGUCCUACAUGUCAGUCGAGAAGACGGAACAGAUAUGACAGCUCGUACUUCAACGACACGACAAAUGCUGACGCACGGAAUACUAAAGUCUCAGUGGUGUCGAGUUUGGAUUGUCUGUCCAGCAUCGUGGAGCGAAUCUCCACAGAGACCCCCGCGUGUCCCGUGCUGUCAGUACCGGAGGGGCACGAAGGGAGCCCGUGCUCUCCGCAGGAGGGGUCUGUCCUGAGUAAGACCGGGGCCCCCGCACCGUCCCCGACCACCUGCCCUCAACAGCAGGCUAAGGAUCCCAUCUAUCAAGUGCUUUAAAGAUCCGCAACAUUGCAAAACAAAAUUGAAAAGGACAAAUCUGAAUUGAGAAACAUUCAGCAGAACAAAACCCGGCAAAUUCGAUCUUAACGACAAAAGAAAGACUAUUUCGAUCCACUGCUGGAAACUAUAGGAACGAAUGAUCUUUCUUUCUUUCUUUCUUUCUUUCUUGCUGUGGAAAAUGAAUUCCGUUAUGAAAAUGGCUCAGCAGAUCAGCAGAAGUGAGUUUCUUAACUAGCUUAUUUAUAUUAUUGUAUCCACGUGAAAA